AUGAAGACCCGAGGCCAAAAACGCCUAGCUGAGGAAGCAGAUACCUUCGCGCCCAAGAAGCGCAAAUGCGAAGAAAUGCCGCAAAAUUUGAAGUCAACUAUCAAGGCUCUACCAGACCAGCUACUACGGAUGAUAUUCAAUCAUUUGGAAGUUGAACCUCUCAGAAACCUCUGCUACGUAUCGCAUAGAUACAAGGAAAUGGCACAGCCGCUCAUAUUUGAGAAUCUUGAUUGGGGGCUGUACGAUCAACGGGGCUUGUGGACACGGUUGGAAUUGCUUGCAGACGCAUACACUAACGCUAACUCGUACUCGGUGGAUCGGAUGCGCUAG